AUGUAUUCCGUGGUGUGUGUGUCUGUGCUGGUAUUGGUCGCAUUCCUCAUAGUUGCUGCGCAACAGCUACUUCCAAAUAGGAACACUAAAGCAUCGUCUUGCAACGUUACCGGACAGUGGCAUAGCGAGCUUGGCUCGUUGCUGUGGUUGACCACUGUCGGUCCGGAAGUCCGGGGUGUUUAUCAGACUGCAGUGGAGAGUGCACUCGGUGCGGCAGGGCAUAACCACCAGGCUAAGAUUGUCGGGGUCGUUGGAGAAGGUCGGCAACCCACCAUCGCCUUCUCUGUGCUGUGGAUAAAGGGUUCGUGCAGUGCUUGGGUGGGCCAGUGCUUCGUUUUGCCAGGUGGCAGUCAGGUUCUGAAAACCCUGUGGAUGUUGCGCUCUGUUGCUGAGACUUCUUUAGAUAACUGGGACAGCACAAGGUUGGGAGAGGACCAGUUCAUUUUUGUGGGUGACGUGGAGAAUGCCAGCGGACACUAAGGCCGUGACUCCAUUUUGCCUGCCUUCUCAUCGGUUCUCAGUUGCUUGGUCCAUCACGCAGUGAUCUGACGGCAUUCCUGUCCGUAAUGAGCCAGACUGUAAGGUGGCACCGAGGCAUCCAGCGCCCCCUCCCCCCUUCUUUAUUUUUGUUCGUGUCGCACUUUCUGAAUGACUUCUAUUCAAUAAAUCCUGACAUGGGCACUGUGAUUUUGA